AUGAAAGUCACGAUCAAGCAUUGGCACGCUGUCGCCCAAUGGCGCUGGGACACCGGCGCAGACGAUUCAGCGUCGAACGAGGAGGAGGACGUGUGUGGCAUCUGUCGCGUUGCGUAUGAGGGCUGCUGCCCAGCGUGCAAAGUACCCGGAGACGAUUGUCCACUCAUCUGGGGCCAGUGCUCGCAUGUCUUCCAUAUGCAUUGUCUGCUCAAGUGGCUCGGGACGCCAGCCUCGAAGCAACAGUGUCCGAUGGAUAGAAGGGCUUGGGUAACUGCGGAGCGCAAACUCAGAUUCGUGAGGAGAAAGUCCCUUCCCUUUACUGUGUUGCUUAAUUCGUUUCAUUUAUUGCAAUUGAUUUGUUCCACCCUCGUCGUCCUUGGAAUCAGUCCCACAAAACUGACUUUUGCUUAUUGCCGCCUCCGAGCCGUAGUCAGCCAAUCAUCUUGUUCUCAGGAAUGCACCUCCAAUCGCGAGCAUUGGAACGAUCAAAGACCACGCAACAAUCCCGCUGCCACCUUCCACCAGCCUUCUCACCAGCUUCUCAGUCUUGACAAACUCUUGACACCGACCUAA